AUUCGAGAGUUGACCGCGCUCAAUCGCGUUUCGGGCCAAUUAGCGCAACGAUCAGAAGUAAAUCCUCGGCGCAGUCGACUACGAUGAAGGAGGCCAACUUGGAGGAUCAGUAUGCCAGUUUUCCGGAGAUCAGGCGACCGGAGGUGCUGAAAUUUCUGGACUGGAUCCACGCGCAGCCGCACAUCUCGGAUAGGUUUUCCGAGGGCGAGGCACUGCACUUCUUUCACGCCUGCCGCUACAGCAUGGAGGUGGCCAAGCAGGUCCUGGACACCAAUCUCACGGCCCGCACCCACCUGGAGGAGUUCUUCGUGAACCUCGAUUGCGAGCGGCCCGAGAUCAGGCGCGCCAUGCGAACAGUCUCUAUUGUUCCCCUGCCAGGAGCCACUCCCGAAGGAUACCGGGUGAUUCUCGCCAAGCUUGAUGACCUGAAUACCUCAAAUUAUAAUUUUGCAGAUGUCAUGAAGCUCUAUUGCAUGGUGUUUGACUUUUGGAUGUAUGAAGAUGGCAUUCAGCCGGGACACGUUAUUGUAAUCGAUCUGAAAAACACUUCCUUGGGGCAUGUAGCCCGCAUUGGACUCUUGCAAAUGAAGAAGUUCCUUUACUACCUGCAGGAAGCGGCUGCCAUCCGGUUGAUAGGCUUUCACUUCAUCAACAUUGUACCGUUCAUGGACAAGAUUCUUGCGCUGAUGACUCCGUUUAUGAAAAAGGAACUGACCACUGUGCUCCAUAUGCACAGUGACCUAAAGGAAUUCUACAAGUUUGUGCCCCAGGAAAUGCUUCCCAAGGAAUAUGGUGGUCAACUGGAGGAGGCAAACGUGGCGAAAGAGAUUUACUAUAAGAAGUUGCUGGACAAUCGAAAGGAAAUGAUCGAGUUUGAGACUCGCCACCAGGUGAACGAGAAAUUGCGACCCGGCAAGGCCAAGAAUGCAUCCGACUUAUUCGGGAUUGAGGGAAACUUCAAGAAGUUGGAUAUCGAUUAGGGCAAGGGCUCUACAUUAUUUUAGAAAAUUGUUUUCUUUUACUGGUGUUUGAUGACAUAAUUAAAGCGGACCGGAUUCGC